CCGGCCGGAGAUGCAGUAAUAACGUUGUCGUGCGGAGUAUCUUCGUUGUACAGUUUCUGUCUCAAGUGUUUUUCACUAGUUCAGUCUUGAGUUACAAUACGCGGGUCGACGAGGGUUUGCACUGGACUCGGGUUUGAAUCACGGAAGAUGAUGAAAGUGGUUUUGUUGUUGUUGCCGAGUGUCUUUGUUUGUAUGGGCCUCUCACGUAAACAUUAUUAUGAGGAGUAUGGGAACUCACUGUACGUACGGCUUCCUAGAAAACCCAACUCCAUCGAGUUCAACCCCAAGUACAGCUCAGAUGUGACGGUCGUGUGGAAACAGGGGUGACCCUGUUAUCUCAGUGGACGGAAAGCGUACAAUGACGGGUAUCUACUAUGCAAUGGUUAAUUUAACUCAGAGAGACGUUGGUCGCUACGUAUUAAGAGACAAAGAGCAGAAAGAAGAGUCCGCCUUCAUAGUUGAGGUAAAAGCAAAAACAAACGCCUUUCACAGGAUGCCUCGUGAACACCUCAGGUUCACUUCUGAUCUGCAACCAAACUCCUGCAACAUUAAAUUCUUCCCAGAAAGCGGCCGUGAACCGAGAGAGAGGACGAUUAACAUCGUUCGUCAAGGCAGGCUGCAGGAGGGUUUGGAUAAAUUUGCUUGCGUAGGAUUUGAUCUGAUCAAACCAUGUGGGAUUUCAAAUGAUGACCUCCAGAUGUCAUGCAAAGGACGCUAUGAGAUAAAAGAUCAGAAUGGCGACACAGCCUUAGAGGUGUCACUGGAAAUGGAGCCAAAAACAAAGAUCUUUGACAGGAAGCCUGGUGAACAGCUCAGCUUCACUUUUGAUCUGGAACCAAGCUCCUGCAACAUUUACUUCUUCCCAGAAGGCGACAGUGGCCCAGGAAAGAGCAUAGUGGGUCAAGGCCGGCUGCAGCUUCAUUCGGAUGAAUUUGAUUGCGUAGGAUUCGAUCUGAUCAAACCAUGUGGGAUUUCAAAUGAUGACCUCCAGAUGUCAUGCCAGGGACGCUAUCAGAUCAAAGAUCAGAAUGGCGACACAGCCGUAGAGGUGACACUGGAAAUGGAGCCACUAUCCUAUGCGACAUCUCCGAUUGGUAUUAGUGCUGGGGUUUUCCUUUCCUCACUGUUCUGCUGUUGCGUGAGGCGCUGCUGUAGGAAGAGCGCCUCCAAAGAGGACAAAUCUGAGAGUGAAGCUCCUGAGCCUGAUGUGCAAUACCAAGUGUAUGAUCUGGAGCCUGUUAGACUGAGGCCAGACCAUCUCAGUGAGCCCUCUGGGACACACUACCCUGCUCAGCCUCCUUAUACUCCGACUGACCCGCUGAUACACAAUCAUCCUACUGUGGAUGUGCCGCCAGCGUAUUCUGAGGUUUCAGCUCCACCCGUCCCCGUCCACUCUGACUCUGAGCCACGGUAUGAACUGAAGGGGAUGACCUUUCCCUCCGCUCCACCACUCAGUUCAGAGUCAACUACCUGUGAUGUCUAUACCUCAGCCAAAUUCAAUUUCCUCUAAUUUUGAAAAUGUGCGAGCUUUCGUUAAUGUGGCAUUAAAGGUUCAGUGUGUGAUUCUGAGCCACCUGAUCCAACGAAAUAAGGGAGCAGUGUUUCACCUAUAAAUGUGGUCUAUACAAUCUCUAAUGUUUAUAUUUUAGUUGUAGUAGUUUGGCCUAUUUAUUGUAUACUAAUACAUUCUUUAUAUUUUACAAUGCAUUUACUCCUGUGUAAUGCCUGUCAGUCAGUCAGCAGGGCAAGAAUACCAACAUUCGACCAAACUGCUGAAACUCAGAGAGCCAGUCAGAAAACACAGCUGUCUUAUAAUCUUCACAUGGAGCUGAUCCAUCUGUGUCUACAGGGGCACUAGUGUUAACCGAGGGCUGUAGUCUGUAAUGUUACAUUAGUUUGUUUAUUGGACUAAAUCCAAAGCGUCAGAAACUAGAAAACGACCUGCAUAUUAUUCGUCUCGUCUUCCUGGUGAAAAACGUGCCUGCAUUAUUUACAAUAAUUUCCUACCUCACUUCAUGAGCAACACUCCAAGACCUUAUUCUUUUUCUCAUUAGUAUUGAGUGAAUAGCUCUUUUAGUGCCUGCAGUUCUGUCAUGGAUACAUCCUUUAUUGCAGACCGGCUUGACUGUGAAUAUUUUCAGGGAAGACACAAACAUAAAGUAGCCUUAUAGCUGCCAAGCUCUCCAUAUCUAAAAGUGUUAAAGUGCUCAUUUUACUUGAGUUAUUCUCACAUAUGCUUGGCCUUCUGCAUGGAAUUCAGCUUGCAUCUUAAAUUAUUUGAUACUUGUAUGAGUUGAGAAUUAACUUCAAAUGAGCGAUAGAGGUUAACUCACAUGGAUAUAUAUACUAGCUACUGUAUUUCAUUUGCUCAGGCGUGACACACACAUUUAUAUAUUUCCAUGUGUUGAAAAUAUAUUAUGAUUGUUUGAUAACUAUGAGUAUCUCAAGCACCAGUUGCCUUUUUCUUAAUGGCAUAAAAACACCUCUGCACUGCAAUUAUGUCAACAUUGUACCGUGAGUGCAUUACUUCAAAAAUGUAUAUAAAUCAAUACAUUUGGGACCUUUACACAAACAAUAAACUUGACAACAUCUUCAAUGUGCGUCUUUCUGCAUGUCUACAUUUUAUCUCUGGAUAUGUAACUAUUAUUUAUGAGAUAGUUGUAAAUAUUUUAACUGCAUGUCAUAGUUUAUAAUGUUUAAAUAUGUAUAUAGUAUGUGUAAAUAUGGUUUUGUUUAUGCUUUAACUGGAGCCGAGUUAUGAUAGAAGCAUGUUUGUCUAAACAAGUAAAUAUCUUGUGUUUGUAUCGUUGUGUAUUUGUACUUUGUGUCAGGUUCAUAAAAUCUUAUAACACCCAA